AUUGUUUCCCCGGAGCGGCCAGACGGCUGGGGGACACAGGAUGGAAGAGCUAAUAGGAGUAUCUAACAGGACAUGCGGACGGGCUGAUUUCUUCUAAUAUUUCACGUGCUGUGUGUGACGGUGUGAGGCCUCGCCAUGCCGCUGGUGAAGAGGAACAUCGAGCCCCGCCACCUCUGCAGAGGGGAGCUCCCAGAGGGCAUCGGCAGCGAGCUGGAGUGUGUGAUGAACAACACACUCUCCGCCAUCAUCCGUCAGCUCAGCAGCCUCAGUAAACAUGCAGAGGAUAUAUUCGGCGAGCUUUUCAAAGAGGCCAACAUUUUCUAUCUGCGAGCCAACUCUCUGCAGGACCGCAUCGACCGGCUGGCCGUCAAGGUCACGCAGCUGGACUCCACCGUGGAGGAAGUUUCCCUACAAGACAUCAACAUGAGGAAAGCCUUCAAGAGCUCCACCACUCAAGACCAGCAGGUGGUGUCCAAGAGCAGCGUGCCCAACCCCGUCAAAGAUAUUUACAAUCUGAGUGACAAGCCCCCGCCCCUCAGCAUCCUCUCAGUGUACAGGGAUGACGGGAAGGAAGCACUUAAGUUCUACACCGAUCCGUCCUACUUCUUCAACCUGUGGAAGGAGAAGAUGCUGCAGGACACCGAGGAUAAGAGGAAAGAGAAGAGGAAGCAGAAGGAGCAGAAGCGUGACGUCGACGGGACGUUACAGCGGGAGGUGAAGAAGGUCCGUAAGGCGAGGAACCGUCGGCAGGAGUGGAACAUGAUGGCUCUGGAUAAAGAGCUGAGGCCGGACCACCGACACACCAUUCACCGAGACCGAGGGGCCUCCUCUGAGGGCUCCAUGUCUCCAGAGAACAGGGGUCACGGUGCAGAUCAGCACCACUACCCCAACAUGAUGAACCACGCCGGCCACGCCCACACCUACUCCGGCCCCCCGCCCAGCGUCCUGGCUGCGCAGAUGGCUGCGGGCCACGCCCCCCGAGGAGGUGGGGAACAUGACAUGAGAGGCAGGGCCAUGAUGGGUUAUCAGGGUGGGACACUGGGUCGUACUCACCACCACCACCACCAAAACCCACUGCCUCCUCCACCCUCUGAGGCCAUGAACGGGGGCUCCAUGUCCCUCCCACCAAUGGACUACAGCAUGGAUGGCUAUGCCAACACUGGCCCCCCUCCCCCGCCUCCUGCCCCUCUCAUCCCCUCCUCCCUCACAGCCUUCGCCUCCCCUCCCGGAGGUCCGAUGCCGAUGAUCGGCGCCGGUGGCUUCUCUCCUCCUCCCCCGCCUUUAGGUGGAGCCCAGGCGGUCCCGCCUCCCCCCGGUCCUCCUCCUCUCCCCCAGUUAGCUGGUGCUUCCCACAAGAUGUCCUCCUCUGCCCCCGCUGAGAGCGCCGCCGUCAACGACGCCCGCAGCGACCUGCUCGCCGCGAUCCGUAUGGGUAAGAGCAUCCAGCUGAAGAAGGUGCAGGAGCAGCAGGAGCAGCAGGCCAAGAGGGAGCCGGUCGGGAACGACGUGGCCACCAUCCUGUCACGGCGCAUCGCUGUGGAGUACUCGGACUCCGAGGACGACUCCGAGUUGGAGGAGAACGAUUGGUCGGAUUAACAUACACACACUCACACACACCAAUAGGAUAACCACUUAUAAUACACAUACACAAACACACACACACACACACACACACACACACACACACAAUCAAAUCUCACUUAUAGAAUGCCCACUGUACCACACUCACGGGUUACCACACACUGAAACACAAUCACAUGCUGUAGGUUGAUAUAAGCUGAAUGGUUCAAAACUGGAAAAGGGGGGGGGGUGUUCAACACUGUAAAGACACUGAUAAGAUGCCGUCAUACUCUCUGAAUCAUUAACAUGUAGUCUGUACUUCAAAGCUUUGUGAAUACACCCCAGUGGAUGUACCUGUUCUAACACUAUAUAGACACCCUGUGAAGGUGCUUAUUAUUCCAUGUAUAGUCGGAGCUUGAGAGUGUUAGAAGAAUUAGCAGCUUUUCCUCUCGAGGUAACCAAUGUACUCAUCUUUUUUUAAAUGUUUAUACUGAAACACUUGCUGUAGAAUCACCGGGCAAGACAUUAACAUUAACUGGAAGUAAAGAGGAAAUGUAAUAUUGAAUAUAAACAUGAUUGAGCAAUCGAUCAUCGCUGUGUGGGAGGGAGGGGUGGGAGGG